AUGUAAUAACUGAAUAACUUGCACAACCUAUUAUAUCAUAAUGGUACAACCGAUUAAUGUAAACUUUAUCGUGUUGGACUUAAAGUAGUUUAUGGUAUCAACUGCUAUUUAUAAAUCUAUUGUCAAUAUCAUGAAAAGGUGUAUAGAUCGAUACCUGUGUAAACUCUACACGUACUUUAAACCUCUCAAUGGAUAGACUUAUACUUCCUCAUUUAAACCAUUUUAAAAGCGACUAGAUAGACAGCACUGCAUAUUUUAAAUUAAAAAAAUCAUGGCUCAAUCCAGGAUAGACUUCAGUGCUUCAUCUACACAGGACUCUGAUGAAGUUCAGGAAAUGUUUUGUGAACAUUGUGAUAAACAUGACAAGCAAUAUGUUCCUGCUGAAGGAUUUUGUGAGGAAUGUUUUGAGUACUUGUGUGCUAUAUGUGUAAAAUUUCAUAAAAGAUAUAUGGCCUCCCAUACCAUCAAGGAUAAGGAUAACAUGCCACAGGAUUUCUGUCUAGAGAAAUGUUCUGUUCAUCAAGAUGAAUUAGUCAAGUUCUACUGCCAAGCUUGUAAGAAAUUUGCCUGUACUGAAUGCAAGACACAAGACCAUGGGAACUGUAGUAUGGUCAGUCAUUUGCCAGCCCUUGUUCCAGGGAUUGAAAACAGCCAAGAAAUCAAAGAACUCACUGAAAAUCUUAAUACGUUAAUGAAGGAUUUGGAAAAUACAGAAAAACAUGUGAACAUAAACAUAAAAUAUGUCACUUCACAAGAAACAAAGAUAUUAGAUACAGUUAUGGAAAAAAAGAAAGAAAUAUUGUCAGUGUUUGAAAAACAUCAGAGAGAUAUAGUUCAAAACUUUGAGAAAAAAAUUAAAGAAACCUUACAAAAACUUGAAGAAGAGAAAAAAGUGAAAAUCGACAAAUUACAAGAAAAUCAAAGGAAAUUAGAAAAGUUAUUAAAUGAAGAGGAAAAUGAAAUAAAGAAGAAAAUUGAAAUCAUAAAAAUGAAUGACAACAAAAUUUUGCAGACAAUCACUGAAGAAACCACAAAAAUGAAAACAAAACUAAACAGCAUAUCAACAGAGUUGGUGCAUCAUCAAGGUACAGAUCAAAGAUGUCAAAUGUUUGUUGUUAUGAAGAAAGGGCAGGAAAUCAUUGAACAAUUGAAACCAGAUGCAGAAAAACAAUGUAAAAACAAUUCAAUUCAUUAUUACAAAGUAGAAUGCAAAGCUUCUGAACAAAAUAUAACCAAUUUACAAGACUGUGACAAAUUUUUCACCUAUCAAGAAAUACAUGAAUCUGAAGUACAAAGAACUGCAAGUUAUUACACAGAUAUAAAAUUCACAUGUAUCACAAUGUCAUCUUUAUGCUUGUUAAAAAAAGACUGUCUUCUUAUAUGUAACAAUAAAUAUUCAAAACUAAAUAUAUUCAAGGAUAUGUGGGUCAGUACUUCAUCAUAUGAAUCAAUAGACCUGCCUUCCAACCCUUGGGCUGUUGCUAAAGUUAACAAUAGCAAAGUGGCUAUCACAUUUCGUGAUCUUGGAACAGUAAGACUGAUAACAUUUUCUAAGUGUAUGACAGUGACCAACAAUGAAGAUAUUAAAGUAGGAGAAUGUUGUUGUGGUGUUGCCUAUAGUAACAACAAGCUUAUAGUGUCUUACAUAAAGUUUCCAGCAACAGUGAAGAUACUUAACAUGUCUGGUCAAGUAUUGAAAACAUUUGAUAAAAAUCAGCAUGGGAAUUGUCUGUUUCGUGAUCCUAAAUACUUAACAAUCAGUGCAGACAACACAGUUAUAUAUGUAACUGACUUUGAGAAGGACUGUGUGAUAGGUUUAACCUUUGAUGGGAAAGUCAAUGCCAUUUAUAAGGAUGAUCAGCUUAAUAAACCAUGUCAACUGACUGUUGAUAGGUCUGGGGCAGUGUUUGUAUGUGGAUUUCAGACAGACAGUAUGCAUCAAUUAUCACCUGAUCUGACCAGGGUGAAAAUUCUACUGGAUAAGGAACAAGGAAUAAAAUGUCCAGUAGGUGUGGCAUACUGCCAGAAUACAAACAGAUUGUAUGUGAGUCAACACUAUGAUAACAUUAAAGUGUAUGAUUUAUCACUGGAAUAAAACUAUUUCUAUCUGAAUAGCCUGCAGGAAAUACUUAAAAUAUAUUAUAUAUAGAAUUUCAUUCUAUAUUUCUUCCAAUUGCAAAAGGAUUAUUAUGAUGAAUUAAAAUAAAAGAUGUAUAUAUUAUACUAGUGUCUUUCUUGUAGUGGUGUCAUAUUUAUCUGUUUAUAUAGGUUUGAUUGUUAGCCAAUAACUAGAAAAUUCAAUAACUGGUAACCAGGCUCGUAUUUAAAGCCAACAACUGAAGAAAUUUUAAUUUCAAUAUAAUACAUGUGUUUCUUAACAUUUUGUUUGUAUUUUAUUUGUAUUUUUCUGCCCUCACAGAAUGUCUAUCAUGAAAUGGACAAUAGUCAUUCCAUAAUAGGAUAUGUUUCGUAAUUAUUGUUGAGUACAACAAAAUACAAACAAAAUGUGACGUCUAGAAUCUAAGAAAUCUUUUAUAAUGAUUGGUUAAACAUUUAACAUAGUUAUUAAUGUUUAAAUGACAA